CAAUAGCGAGGCGGCCUUGUGCUGUCCAAUGAGCGGGGCCCUACUGUGCGGGAGGUUAUAAAGACACCGGUGGAGGCGUCCUCCCUUCGUCCCGCCGCAGAGCUGCUGAGAGUUUGGAGUGGUGCUCGGUCCGCUGCGAGACGCCAUGUCUGGCCGAGGCAAAAGUGGCGGUAAGGCCCGAGCGAAGGCCAAGUCUCGUUCUUCUCGGGCCGGGCUGCAGUUCCCUGUCGGGCGUGUUCACCGGCUGCUACGGCGCGGACAUUACGCGGAGCGGGUGGGCGCUGGCGCACCCGUUUACCUGGCGGCCGUGCUGGAGUACCUGACGGCCGAGAUUCUAGAGCUGGCGGGCAACGCGGCCCGCGACAACAAGAAGACGCGCAUCAUCCCCCGCCACCUGCAGCUGGCGGUGCGCAACGACGAGGAGCUCAACAAGCUGCUGGGCGGUGUCACCAUCGCGCAGGGCGGCGUCCUGCCCAACAUCCAGGCCGUGCUGCUGCCCAAGAAGACGGGUGGGAGCGCUGCGAGCCCUGCCAAGGCCGGCAAGAAGGGCAGCGGGCAGCAGUCGCAAGAGUACUAGGCCGGGCUCCUUCCCUUCCUCCCCCCUCCUUCCCCCAAGCACCACACAAAGGCCCUUUUCAGGGCCACUCCAAUGCUCACUGGGAGAGCUGCGAUCCGCGGGAGGGGAGAGGCGGGGGCUGCAUCCAAAUACCGGCGCAGGGCCCAAGGCAAUGCAGCUCCACGCCCGGAGGCCAACUACGAGGAGCAAGCGCUAGGCCGCGCUGCGGAGCAGGCAGGAAGCACCAGCAGCCGGCAUUGGCUGCUCGAGUUCAGUUACAGAAACUGUAAAUAGGUGACGUUCUUCGAACAGACUUACUCUUGGGUGCUUAUAAUGUGACUGUUUCUCUGCUGUUAAAUUCAGCAGAUGUUGCACAGAAAAUAAACAAUGCUUCAUAUCUCCAAACUGGAACCCUAUAAAUAGGUUAUUUUGAUGUUUCCUUAAGGCACUGCAACAUGAUAGUGCAAAACGACAGCUCAGCCGUGAACAGGGAAAUAGCUCACAGCAUAGAGGGAAAGGCAAGUUUCUUACUCUGCAAGUCAAAGGUUACCAGUUAUUGUAUAUCAAUGCAUAUCCUCAUACUACAUCUACGUGGGAUAAGUUGGCUAAGCAGCUACCUAUUAGUUCACUAUGAACAAGUGACAAAGUUGUAUUUAAUAACUUAAAGCAACUCUGUAGCCAAAACUUAUGAAUAUAGCAUCUGUGGUAAAUUCCCCAUGAGGAAUGCAUUGGGAACCUAAUGGUAGUCUCCUUCAUUUCUGAAAAUAACAGGCCCAAAUAAUCCGCAAUUUCCCAAGUUCAGUGACUACAGAAAAUACUUCUUAUUGUCAGCACAGCGCAGUACUGCAGUAACACCACCGUUUGGUCUGACUAUAAUCUGUAUUUGAUGCUUUGUUACU